AUGAAAGUCAUUUUGCUGGAACGCAUCGCCAAGCUCGGCGCCAUUGGCGACGAAGUCACCGUCAAGGACGGGUUCGCCCGCAACUAUCUGCUGCCGACCGGCCGCGCGCUCAGGUCGAACGAAGCCAACCGGGCACGGUUCGAGGCCGAGCGCGAGCAUAUCGAAGCGCGCAAUGCCGAGCGCAAGUCGGCCGCGUCGGAAGUGGCCGAAGGCCUUGACGGCAAGGAUUUCGUCGUCGUCCGCUCGGCCGGCGAAACCGGUCAGCUCUACGGUUCGGUCUCGACCCGCGACAUCGCCGAUUUCCUGACCGAGGAGGGCUUCCGCGUCGGCCGCAACCAGGUCGAUCUGAAGCAGCCGAUCAAGACGAUCGGCCUGCACGAGGUCGAUAUCGUGCUGCACCCCGAAGUCGAAACCCGGAUCACGCUCAAUGUCGCCCGUUCGGCCGACGAAGCCGAGCGGCAGGCCGCCGGCGAAGACCUGUCGUCCGCCGAGGCGAUCUACGGCGCCAAUGAAGACGCGUUCGAAUCGCUGGCCGAUUUCGACGAGGACGGCGCACCGAUCGAUUCCGACGCGUUCGAAGAGGGUGCCGCACCCGAGGCCGCGCCUGCCGAGGAAGAAGAACAGGCAACCGCCUGA